AUGGACAUCAAUUCUUUAAAUUGUUAUUUGAUGCAUACGAAUAAAGAUCUUAUCUACAGUCAUCCGUUGUUCCCAUUAUUAGCAAUUCUAUUUGAUAAAUGUGAAUUAGCAACAAAUUCUGCUAGUUUACUUGGAACAAUUAACGAAGAUAUUGUUGAGUUUACCAAACAGCUAAAUAAAGAACAAUUACAAUGCUACAGAUCAAACCCGGAAAUGGAUAAUUUAAUGAUACAAGCAGUACAAAUCCUUCGAUUUCAUUUACUCGAAAUCGAAAAAGUUCACGAAUUGUGCGAUAAUUUUUGUCAGAAAUAUAUUAACCUAUUAAAAGGCAAAAUGCCAAUGGAUAUGGUUAUGGAUAAUACGAAAUAUGAAGCAGAAGAAGACGAGGAAGAAGAAAGUAUAAUCAGUAACGAUGAUAUUAAAACCAUAUGUGUAUUACCGGUUAAAACCCAAUAUGUUUCACCUCAAAUGUCAGUAACAGAUGACAUGAGUGAAAAUUUCGAGAGCGAUCCUUGUGAAGAAAACGAUGAUAUACCGCAACGUCGUCAAAAGAAACGAGGAAUUUUUCCGAAAUCGGCAACAUCAUUAAUGCGCGCUUGGUUAUUUCAACAUUUAAGUCAUCCAUAUCCAUCAGAAGAGCAAAAGAAAAUAUUUGCUAGAGAAACGAACCUUAAUAUAUUGCAAGUUAAUAAUUGGUUUAUUAAUGCGCGAAGGCGAAUCGUACAGCCAAUGAUUGAUCAGUCGAAUCGUGCUGCAAUGAUGGGAACAGUUUGUAAUGAUUAUUUGCCUACUAAUCCUUAUCCUACAAUUGAUCCAAGUCGAGCAGCGUACGAAUUUCAGACAAACUUGUAUGAUGAUUUAGCAAGAACAUCAGCAUAUCGAUCACCGCCAAUACCAAUUUAUGCAUCGAUGUAUCCGAAUUCAUUUUUUUCUGCAGUCACUGAUCCGAGUAAUACGUUGUUAUCAACGCACUAUGGAAUCUCACCAUCAUCCUAUCAUGGACAAGAACACUAA